AUGCCACUGAACGUUCCAACUUAUCGUUUAGAUGUGUUAUCAGAUGAUGAUUGUUGGAAGUUAUUUGCAAAGCAUGCAUUUGAUGGUUCAAGCCCCACCAAGCAUCCAGAUCUGAUGGCAAUCGGGGAAGCAAUUGUUAAAAGAUGUGGCGGUCUCCCUUUGGCUGCAAAAGCUCUUGGAGGCCUUCUGCGUUGCAAACCAGAUGCUAAUGAGUGGAAGAAAAUUUUACAUAGCAAUUUUUGGGACAUUCCAAAUGAUGCAACUAAUAUUCUUCCAGCGUUAACAUUGAGUUACCAUUAUCUUCCUUCGCAUUUGAAGCGAUGUUUUGCUUAUUGUUCAAUUUUCCCUAAAGAUUACGAAUUUGAAAAGGAAGAACUUAUUCAAUUAUGGAUGGCUGAAGGUCUUUUAGAGCUUCCCAAAGACAAUGGAGAUCUGGAAGAACGGGGUACCGAGUACUUCAAAGAUUUAAGAUUGAGGUCAUUCUUUCAACAAUCUAAAGGAAAGAAAUCUUGUUUUGUCAUGCAUGAUCUAAUUAGUGACUUGGCUAAAUCUGUAACCGGAGAGUUCAUUUGCAGAUUGGAAGGUAGUGGCGGUGGUUCUUGUGUAAUAACCGAAAGGACCCGUCAUUUGUCUAAUGUCCAAGAAGAAUAUGAUGUGCGACAAAAAUUUCAGAGUUUAGCUAAAGCAAAGGGUCUGCGUACUUUCUUAAAUACAAAGCCAGUCUGGUACUGCUCAUUUGUCAGUGAUGUGCUAAUGCAUGAUUUGAUGGUGAAAUCAAGCUUACGAGUGCUUUCAUUGGCUGAGUAUAGAAAUAUCAAGAAUUUGCCAGAAGAUAUUGGUAAUCUGAAGCAUCUACGAAAUUUGAAUCUCUCAAGAACUAAAAUUAAAAAGUUGCCAAACUCUUUGUGUACAUUGUAUAAUUUGCAAGCAUUAAAAUUGCGUGGAUGCAGGGACCUUGAUGAGCUGCCGAGAGACAUGGAGAGAUUGAUCAACAUGCUAUAUCUUGAUAUCAAGGGAACAAAGUUAGCAAGGAUGCCAGAAGAAAUGGGUAGGUUGAAAGAUCUUCAAAUAGUAACAGAUUUUGUUUUAGGCUGUCAAACUGGAUCAAGAAUUAAUGAGUUGGGAAAACUCAAGCAUUUACGUGGAAGACUUUCCAUUUCAGGACUAAAAAAUGUUGCAAGUGCCAUGGAUGCCAAAGAUGCCAAUUUGAAGGAUAAGGUGGACCUUAAAAAGUUGAAGUUGAGAUGGGGUAAAGAUGAUGAUAUUGAUGGUGAUUCAAGGCAUGAUAGAGAAGUACUUGAACAACUAAAGCCUCAUACAAAUUUAGAGCAUCUUGUUAUUCAAAGUUACAAAGGUACGAGAUUUCCGGAAUGGGUGGGGCAUUCUUCCUUCUCAAAUAUAGUAUCUUUGGGGUUACAUGCUUGUAAAUUUUGCAUAUCCUUACCGCCGCUUGGCCAAUUAUCAUCUUUGAAUUCUCUCUCCAUUUCCGGUUUGAGUGGAGUGUUAAUAGUUGGUGAUGAGUUCUACGGGAAUGGACAAGCUUCAACUAAACCAUUUCAAUCUCUUGAAAUGCUAAGCUUUAAGAAUAUGGCCGAGUGGGAGGAAUGGUAUUGUUGGAGUGAUGAUGCUUUCCCUCUUCUACAAGAGCUAUCCAUUAGAGAUUGUCCAAAACUAACUAAGUCUCUUCCCAAACACCUCCCUUGUUUGAAGAAACUGGAGAUUGAAGAUUGUGAGAAGCUUGGAGGCUUGCUUCCAACGGCACCAAGCAUUUUGGAACUUGAGUUACAGAAAUGCAAAGCAUUGCAGUUGGAGCCAUUGGCUUGUGGGCUUCGGGAGUUGGACAUCGAUUACUCGGAUAUGGAUAAUUCCGUAUUGGAACAAAUGUUGCAACGAUGCACACUUCUUGAAAAGUUAUGUUUGUCGGGUUGUUCAGAAAUUAGAUCCCUUCCUGAAGUUAGGGUGCCCAUCACGCUGAAGCGAUUUAGCAUCUUUUCAUGUGAAAACUUGGAAUCUUUCCCAUUAGGAUCGUUGCCUAUGGUAAAGCAUGUUAAUAUUUGGGGAUGUGAAGACUUGAAGUUUAUCAGUGCAGCUUCAGAGGGCUCUCACCACCAGCAUCUCCAUUAUUUGGAUAUACGGUUUUGCCAAAAUUUGAUAUCUUUUCAAAUUGAAGAUGGAUUAUCUGUCACCAAUUUGACCCGACUUUGGCUUUUUAGUUGCGGAAGUUUAAAGUCAUUGCCAGAGCAAAUGCAGUCCGUCUUUCUAUCCCUGGAGGUUUUGGAAAUAGAUGAUUGUCCAGAAAUAGAGAGGGUUCCAAAAGAGGGUUUGCCCUCCAAAUUAAAAGAAAUUAGAAUCUCAUGGAGUGAUAAACUAAUUGAGAGCUUGAUUAGGAAAAGGGAAUGGAGUUUGCAUACACUCCCUUCUCUUACAUCUUUAAAUAUUUGGGAUUCAGAAGUAGAAAUGGAGUGUUUUCCAGAUGAACAUCUGCUUCCCUCUUCUCUUACAUCUCUCGAUAUCUCUAGUCUUCGAAAUCUAAAGAGUUUAGGGUAUAAGGGGUUUCAACACCUCACCUCUCUUUGCAAUUUGUCAAUCUACAAUUGUCCCAAGCUCCAAUCCAUGCCGCCAAACAUGCUCCCUCCCUCUCUUUCUCGUUUGUGCAUUAAAAAUUGUCCUUCGCUGAAGGAACAUUGUGAAAAGGAUAAAGGUAAAGAUUGGGCCAACAUUUCCCACAUCCCUGUCAUUGUAAUUGAUGAACAAGUCAUCAUAUAGAAGGGGCAGUGACUGAGAAAACAAAUGUUCUGACGCAGGCUCAAAUUUCUUCUGACAAUCUUGUGUUAGCUACCAUGAUCCGCAAUCAUGCCAUCAACCUCAAAUUCCCCAUAUUCAGAAAUAGAGAUGGAGUGUUUUCCAGAUGAACAUCUGCUUCCCUCUUCACUUAUAUCUCUCAGGAUCUCUGAUCUUCCAAAUCUAAAGAGUUUGAAGUAUAAGGGGUUUCAACACCUCACCUCCUUUUGCAAUUUGUAUAUCUCACUGCCCCAACCUCCACUCCAUGCCGCCAAACAUGUUCCCUCCCUCUCUUUCUCGUUUGUACAUUAAGAGAUGUCCAUUGCUGAAGGAACGUCGUGAAAAGGAGAAAGGUAAAGACUGGCCCAAUAUUUCCCACCUCCCUUUAUUUGAAUUGACGGUCAACUCAUUAUAUAGAAGGGGCAGUGACUGAGAAAACAAAUGUCCUGCCGCAGACAGAAACUUAAGAAAUGAAUAAGUAGAUGGAACUUGGGAUCAUAAAUGUGGGUGAUUUGUGGGUUAAUUUCCAUUUCCAUCUUUCUGUAAAUUGGAGUUCAUGGAUUCUGAUUUGACUGCAUUUUGAGGGACUAUUUCGCGAUAUGCACAAGGUAAAAAGGUCGAGAUUUUGCUCAGAAUCAUCAUGGCCAUAAAGAUAUGGAUAGCUAGCUACCUGAUUCAAUUUGAAACAGAGUCAUUUGCGAAAUGGCAGACCUGCAAUCAAUGAUCUUCAAUGGUUGUGCAUUGUGUUCUUGAGCUGAUAAAGAAGCUUUGAAAUCAGUACAUCAAUGGUUCCUCGGAUUUUCGAGCACUAUAAAGGUCAAUAACAACAAGAACUGCGCAAUCUUGUGUUAGCUACUCUGAUCCACAAUCAUGACAGGCAUCAACCUCAAAUUUCUUGGAAUCUUCCUGAAGACUUUCUAUCAAUGCGUUUCUUGUAGUGUUCUAAGCUAAAAAGUUGAAGUCCUUUGUUUCAACUUUUAUAAUGGAUUAGAAAUUUUAUCUGUCAAUAAUUGAUUAUCAUAUAUCAUAACAUGAUCUUCUCAUUCACAAUCA